GCGUUGAACCCACUGAACGCAAGUGAGACGUCACGCGACGCACUGACUCAACAAGUGCAAGUCCACCACAGAAGAAGUAGUGAUGGAGCCCUCCGAACCGACCGAGCAGCUGGACGGCGGCUCCGCGCUGAACGGACACUUGGACCGGACGGUGAAGCGGCCGGUACCGGGCGGCUCCGGGUGCGCUCCUCCCACCUCCGCCGCCGCUACCGCGUCUGCCGCGUCCGGCGCGGCGCGGCCGGUGAUUGCGGGCGGGCGGGAGGAGCGCACCCGGAGCGUGGAGGACAACCAGACCAGCCUCCCGUCCCUGGCCGCGGCGUACACCACCAUCCUGCGGGGACUGGGCGAGGACCCGCAGCGGCAGGGGCUGCUGAAGACCCCGUGGAGAGCCGCCACCGCCAUGCAGUUCUUCACCAAAGGGUACCAGGAGAAUCUCAUCGACGUGCUGAACGACGCCAUCUUCGAUGAGGACCACGACGAGAUGGUGAUCGUCAAAGACAUCGACAUGUUCUCCAUGUGUGAACAUCACCUGGUGCCCAUCUUCGGCAGGGUUCACAUCGGCUACCUCCCCAACAAGAGAGUCCUGGGCCUCAGCAAGCUGGCCAGGAUCGUGGAAAUCUACAGCCGGCGACUACAAGUUCAGGAGCGGCUGACCAAACAGAUCGCCGUGGCCAUCACCGAGGCGCUGAAGCCCGCCGGAGUGGGCGUGGUCAUCGAGGCCACUCACAUGUGCAUGGUGAUGCGGGGCGUGCAGAAGAUGAACAGUAAGACCGUCACCAGCACCAUGCUGGGGGUCUUCAGGGAGGACCCCAAGACCCGCGACGAGUUCCUGGCGCUGGUCAGGAGCUGAUGACGUUGGACUCCUCCUGUUGCCCGCGGUUACCUCCACGGACCAUCAGCCAGCGCGUGUUUGCUGAGAAGAAGAGACGCCUUGUUUAUUUAUCAGGACUUCAACCUUUUAGUAGUUUGUUCCUCACUCAGAAGGAGGAAAACACAGCGGUUCCUCUUGCUGUUAAAGACACACACACACACACGUACACACACACACGUACACACACACACGUACACACACACACGUACAC